AAUAAUACUUCGCGCUAAGUCAGACCAGUCGACUUGCAGCGGCCGUACCUGCCGUGGCGCACAAUGCAACGGACCUUCAGAGAUUAAAUCGUCUCGAAACCCUCUUUCUCGUCUCGCGAUUUUCCUUCACGCCUUCCGCUCUUGUCUGACCCUGUCCGACCAACCCCCCCAUCGCAUUAACAACCUUGCUUACUUACUCACUUUCUCUCUAUCGCGCGCCCGUCGCAUGACCGCGGAGGACCUGUCGGUGACUUAAACACUCAACACACAGCUAACGGUACAUCCCCCAGGAUGUCGCACGACAAUUUGGGAUUUACAUCGAGCACGGAUGCUCUACAGGAUCUGAAAAAGUCUUCCUCAUCUAAGGAGCGUUAUGCUUACGAAUCGAGGGAGAAGAAUGGUGACGGUAUUUACGUUAUGGAACUCGAAGAAAAGAAAAAGAACGAGCAGGAAAAUGAUUAUGACCCAUAUGACUACAGAGUGGUAGAGCAUCCGACUACCAAUGCGGAAACUGCUCUUCACCUGCUAAAAGGCAGCUUGGGCACCGGGAUCCUCGCGAUGCCGAAAGCUUUCCACAAUGCCGGAUACAUCAUAGGCACAAUAUCCACGAUCAUCAUCGGGCUCCUCUGUAUAUAUUGCAUGCGAAUUCUCGUACGCUCGGAGUACGAGCUGUGCAAGAGGAAAAGGGUGCCGUCCAUGUCGUAUCCGGCGACCGCGGAAUCCGCUCUGCUCGAGGGACCAAUGUGGAUGAGGCGGUUUGCGAAAGCCUCCAUACAUAUAGUGAACGCUUUCCUGCUGAUCUAUCAGAUGGGCACCUGUUGCGUCUACAUAGUUUUUAUUGCUAGUAAUCUGCAAUCGGCGUUAAAUUCAUAUGUCAAAAUGGACUUGGAGGCAUACAUGGGGAUUAUUCUGUUACCCUUGAUCUUAGUUAAUUACAUCAGGAAUCUUAAAUUCUUAGCACCGUUCUCGACGGUAGCGAAUAUUAUCAUGUUCACUGGGUUCGCUAUCAUACUCUACUUCCUCUUCCGAGAACCGAUAUCGUUCGAGAAUCGCGUGGCAUUCGGCAAGGUUACGAAUUUUCCACUCUUCUUUGGCACCGUGCUGUUCGCUCUUGAAGCCAUCGGCGUAAUCAUGCCACUGGAAAAUGAAAUGAAAAACCCUAGAUCUUUCAUGAAGCCAUGCGGCGUUUUGAAUCUGUCAAUGGGUACCAUAGUCGCAAUGUAUACUGCCUUAGGAUUAUUCGGAUACAUGCGUUACGGCAGCGGAGUCGCUGGCAGUAUCACGCUCAAUCUGCCUGAGGAGAAGCUGGGAAUUGCAGUGCAAAUCCUUUUGGCUAUCGCUAUCUUCUUCACGCAUCCCAUCCAGUGUUACGUAGCCAUCGAUAUAGCGUGGAACGAUUACAUCAGUCAAUACUUGGAAAAGUAUCGUUUUAAGCUGCUCUGGGAGUAUAUAGUCAGGACUGUAAUAAUUUUGAUUACUUUCGCUCUGGCGAUCUCGGUCCCGGCGUUGGACCUCUUCAUAUCGCUAUUCGGAGCGUUCUGCCUGUCAGGCUUGGGGCUGGCUUUCCCGGCGAUCAUUCAAUUGUGCACCUUCUGGAAAGUGAUGGGACCCGGCGAGAAGAAAAUCAUGCUGGCGAAGAACAUGUCCUUGGUGCUGAUCGGGGCAUUGGGCCUGGUCAUAGGUACUUACACGAGUCUCCGCGAGAUCAUCAUCAGCUUCUCAUGAGCUUCAUGAUGUGUUCGAGAAACUGUGCGACAAAAACUGUUAAGCGGGAUGAGGAAGUGAUCGAGGAGGAAGCGGAAGUGAACAGAAAUCGCGUUCUCCGUGCGAGAAACGACGACGACGUGAUAGGGUGCGUUCCACUUAACGCCCACAACGACCACGACUACGACCGCAAUAUUUGCCGUUCCACUUGCUUAGAUAUGGGCAAACAGACGACAAAACGACCGCGCCGACCCACCUACGAAUCAUGAGCGUCGUGAGCUUGUUCGCGGUCGCGAUUAAUGACGUUAGAUAUGACGUUUUGAACGCGUCCACAACGAUCGCGAUCGUUAUGUGGAACAGAAUUGUAGGCGUCGCAAGCGUUGCGGGCCUUAAGUGGAACGCACCCGUAGUUGAAGUUGUUCAUUGCUAAAAGUGAGUGCACCUAAAAAUACAAGGCGCAUUCAGUGGCACUGUGAAGCCGAGGGACUGAAAUAACGUUAACUUCUUACGGGCUCGCAUCACAUUUCGGCUUCGAUUCGUCGGGGACAUGAUGAAGUUCCUAAGUGCAUUCGUUGGUCAUUUUUUUUUUUUUUUUACGCGUGAUAUAGAAGACUGCGAGUGAAGAUACGGACUGUACAAUGACGUGAUGAAAUGUGGCUCGCGUCAGCGUUAGCGUCAGCGUUAGCGUCGAUUACGGUACAGCAAAAAUAUAUUUAUAUGUAUAUGUAUAAAUAUGUAAAAAGGUUUUACCAUAUUAUAAAUAAAAGAGUUUUAUUUUCAUACUGCCGCCCCUUUUGCUCUCAUAUUCUUUUUCGUAUUUUGCCGCGGGCGACUGAGCUAUCGAUUCUGUCAUUUAAAUACAAAAACAUUUCUGACCGUUGUUUUUAUUAAUAGAAGAACAGAUGUAAGAUAUAACAGAUAUAAAAGUGUAUUUUAUAUGUAUACACAAUUAUCAUGCAACGAAUUUAUUAGACAAAAACAAAUCGAUAUUCCAAUGUAAAAGCAGAUCAUUGUUUAAAAAAAGAACAAAUACAUUUAUCAAUGAUAUAUAUA